AGGGUUUUGCUUCUUUCACCUAAAACCUUCUUUUCUAAUAAGCAACACACCUUUACUUCCUUUACAUCUUAUCAAGAAUCAAGAUUCGUAAGUCCAAACUCAUAGAUUUUGUGUUCUUAAAUACCUGAAAAAAUAGCGAAAGAACCAAAAGAUAGCGCAAAAGAAUAAAAAUGCAAGCAGUUAUACAAACAAAAGGCCUUUUAUCUCUUCCUUCAAACCCGAAAUCAAGAUGUUUUUCAAACCAGCCAAUUAGAAAAAGAUUCAAUCUUUCAAACUCUUUAGCCAAAUUCCCAACUGGGUUUUCUUCAAACUUUGAUGGGCUUCAAAAAUUUCCAACCUUUUCAACAACUAUACCCAAUUCCGUUAAAGGCGGGAUAUGGGGUACUUUUCUUACAACCCAUUUACUGGAUUCCCAAAAAGUCAAACCUUUUCAUGUCUGCAAGGCUUCUGCUGCAGCCGGCGCCGAGGUCCCUGACGGCGACGGACCGAAGUUUAUGGGUGUUGAAGUUGUGACACUGAAAAAGAUUGUGCCUUUAGGGCUGAUGUUUUUUUGUAUACUUUUUAAUUAUACUAUACUUAGAGAUACUAAAGAUGUUUUAGUUGUGACAGCAAAAGGUUCAAGCGCUGAAAUUAUUCCAUUUUUAAAAACUUGGGUGAAUUUGCCUAUGGCUAUUGGAUUUAUGCUGUUGUAUACAAAGUUAUCAAAUGUCUUAUCGAAAAAGGCUUUGUUUUAUACUGUGAUUCUUCCAUUUAUAGCUUUCUUUGGGGCUUUUGGGUUUGUUUUUUAUCCACUUAGUGGUUAUUUUCAUCCAACAGCACUUGCUGAUAGACUUCUUGAAUUCUUGGGUCCUCGGUUUCUUGGACCCCUCGCGAUUUUAAGGAUAUGGAGUUUUUGUUUAUUUUAUGUCAUGGCUGAGCUUUGGGGCAGUGUGGUGGUUUCUGUUCUGUUUUGGGGUUUCGCAAAUCAGAUAACUACUGUAGAAGAAGCGAAGAAAUUCUACCCAUUAUUUGGGCUGGGAGCCAAUGUCGCUUUGAUCUUUUCUGGACGCACAGUUAAGUACUUUUCGAACAUGAGAAAACAUUUGGGACCUGGAGUAGAUGGAUGGGCCAUUUCUUUGAAGUAUAUGAUGAGCAUAGUCGUUCUAAUGGGGUUUGCAAUUUGUGGUCUGUAUUGGUGGGUGAAUGCAUAUGUUCCCCUUCCUACCCGUAGCAAGAAGAAGAAGGAAAAACCUAACAUGACCACAAUGGAGAGUUUAAAGUUCUUGGCGUCCUCUCCAUACAUUAGGGAUCUUGCCACAUUGGUUGUAGCAUACGGUAUUAGCAUUAAUCUUGUUGAGGUUACAUGGAAAUCGAAGCUCAAAGCUCAGUAUCCUAGUCCAAAUGAAUACUCUGCUUUCAUGGGUGAUUUCUCAACUGCAACUGGAAUAAUGACGUUCUCAAUGAUGUUGUUAAGUCAAUGGAUAUUCAACAAAUAUGGAUGGGGUGUUGCCGCCAAAAUCACACCCACGGUUCUGCUUUUGACUGGGAUCGGGUUCUUCUCUUUGAUUUUGUUCGGUGAUCCACUUGGACCAGGUCUCAUGAAGUUCGGGAUUACUCCUCUUUUGGCAGCGGUUUACGUGGGUGCUAUGCAAAACAUUUUUAGCAAAAGUGCCAAAUAUAGUCUCUUUGACCCAUGCAAGGAAAUGGCCUAUAUUCCUUUGGAUGAGGACACCAAGGUUAAAGGCAAGGCAGCCAUCGACGUGGUAUGCAACCCAUUGGGGAAAUCUGGGGGUGCUUUGAUCCAGCAAUUCAUGAUCUUGACCUUCGGUUCACUUGCAAACUCAACACCAUAUCUUGGUGGGGUAUUGUUAGUGAUCGUCUUGGCAUGGUUAGGGGCAGCAAGUUCACUAGACAAACAGUUUACGGCCUUGAGACGAGAAGAAGAGAUCGAGAAGGAAAUGGAGAGGGCAGCUGUCAAAGUCCCAGUGGUUUCCUCGGAUGAAGAUGAUAGCAUAUCUCUUGACAGUUCAACAGAAACAUCGUCUCCUCUUGAAUCUUGAAAGAAUAAAGGAUUUGAAGGCUUGAAGACUGUUAUUAUGAAUCUUUUAAGUCUUUGAUCUUCAUAUCAUAGGUAUGAUACUAUGAUGUGUACUAUUUGUUUUCAGGUUUAUUCAACAUCUAACUCUAAAUCUGUGUAGAACCAAAUAAUAGCUUCAUACUGUCACGGAAUUUAUUCAAAAAUUCCACUGAAAGAUCGACUCAUUCAAUGAGUAAAGUUUAUGUAAUACUAAAUUCUUUACUUGUGUAAAAAAUUCACUGUCAUUUUUUUCCUCGUACAAAAAUAGAACAGAAAAUUAAUAUCUA